AUUACAAUGACACUCCUAUUACACUGCAGUAUUCUUGCACUCCGGAAAAAAAAAGCGCUAGAAGAGAAUAAAAUUCACAAAACAUAACCAUAAACAUAGCACAUUCACACACAACGUUUUUAACGGCCACCAAAGGGAGCUGGGAGAAAACUAAACUAAGAGAUUCAUGGCUGUCUCCCAUCCCCAAUUAAUUUCUCUACCAAAUCCUCAUUUCAGAACAAACAAUCACACAUAUAACACAAAACCCAGAGUCAUAAACAACAAUCCGAACCAAUACUCUUCAGACCAUCAUAUACUAACCUUAAUCGAUCAAUGUUCAAAUACAGUUCAUUUAAAGGAAAUCCAUGCUCAAAUGCUUCGUAUCGGUCUACUGUUUGACCCUUUCUCAGCUAGCAGAUUCAUCACAAUCUGUGCACUUUCUCGUUUUAAACCACAUCUUGAUUACACACGUAAGGUAUUUGAUCAAAUUCCGGAACCAAAUCGGUACACUUGGAACACACUUAUUCGCGCUUAUGCGUCAAGCUCUGAUCCUACUCAGACCAUUCACAUUUUCAAUCAAAUGCUUCGUGAAUGUCCUGAUCGUCCGAAUAAGUUUACUUUUCCGUUCUUGAUUAAAGCAGCUUCGGAAGUAUCAGAUUUAAGACAAGGAGAAGUUUUUCAUGGGAUGGCUGUUAAAGCUUCACUUGAUUCUGAUGUUUAUAUUCUUAACUCUUUGAUUCAUUUUUAUGCUGCGUGUGGGAAUUUGAAUCAAGCUUACAAACUGUUUCUGAAGAUUCCUGAAAGAGAUGUUGUUUCUUGGAAUACUAUGAUUACUGCUUUUGCUCAGGCGGAUUACCCUGAUGAAGCUUUAGAGUUGUUUAGAGGUAUGGAAGAAGAGAAUAUGAAGCCAAAUGAUGUUACUAUGGUUAGUGUGCUAUCUGCUUGUUCAAAGAAAUCGAACUUGGAGUUUGGGAGGUGGGUUCAUACUUAUAUUGAGAAGAAUGGGAUAGAAGGAGAUUUGAUCUUGAAUAAUGCAUUGCUUGAUAUGUAUAUUAAAUGUCGUAGUCUUGAAGAUGCUAAAAGUUUUUUUGGUAAAAUGACUGAAAAAGACAUUGUCUCGUGGACUACGAUGCUUGUUGGUUAUGCAAGUUUUGGGGAAUUUGAUGCUGCUCGCAGAGUUUUUAAUGAGAUGCCAACUCAAGAUAUUGCUGCUUGGAAUUCCCUGAUCUCAGCGUAUGAACAGAGUGGUCAACCAAGGCAGGCACUGGCUGUUUUCAAUGAACUACAGAUGAGCAAGAAAGCAAAACCUGAUCAGGUCACUUUGGUGAGUACACUAUCAGCUUGUGCUCAGUUGGGUGCAACAGAUUUAGGGGGAUGGAUCCAUGUAUACAUGAAAAAACAGGGUAUCAAAUUGAAUUGUCAUCUCACAACGUCCCUCAUCGAUAUGUACGCCAAGUGUGGGGAUCUAGAGAAGGCACUCGAGGUUUUCCGUUUUGCAGAGAGGAAGGAUGUGUAUGUUUGGAGUGCCAUGAUAGCCGGGUUAGCAAUGCAUGGACGUGGUAGGGAAGCGGUUGAUCUGUUUUUGGAUAUGAAAAAUACCAAGGUAAAGGCCAAUGAAGUGACCUUUACAAAUGUGUUAUGUGCAUGUAGCCAUGCGGGAUUAGUAGAGGAAGGUAGGAUAUAUUUCAAGCAAAUGCUUCCGGUGUAUGGAGUUACACCUCAAACAAAGCACUAUGCAUGCAUGGUCGAUAUUUUAGGUCGCGCUGGCCUCUUAGAAGAAGCCAUGGAAUUGAUAGAGAAGAUGCCAAUUGUUUCUGGGGCUUCUGUAUGGGGUGCACUUCUUGGAGCAUGUAGGACUCAUGGAAAUGUUGAUUUAGCUGAACAUGCUUGUGAACAGUUGCUUGAGUUGGAACCAAGGAAUCAUGGAGCAUAUGUGAUUCUAUCAAAUGUAUAUGCAAAGUGUGGUAAAUGGGAAGAAGUUUCACGGUUAAGAAAGGUUAUGAGAGAUGCUGGAAUUCAAAAAGAACCAGGUUGUAGCUUGAUUGAGGUGGAUGGCGUGAUCCAUGAGUUUCUUGUUGGGGAUAACUCUCAUCCUCGGUCGAAGAUGAUCUAUACUAAGUUAGAGGAGAUAGCAUCACGAUUGAAAUCAGUUGGGUAUGUGCCAAACAAGUCCCAGGUACUUCAGGAUAUAGAAGACGAAGAUGUGAAGGAGCAAGCCCUAUACCUUCAUAGUGAAAAGUUAGCGAUAGCUUAUGGACUUAUCAGUACAAAUUCACCCGCACCAGUUCGUGUAGUGAAGAAUCUUCGGGUUUGUGGGGAUUGCCACUCUGUUGCUAAACUCAUAUCUAGGGUCUAUGACAGAGAAAUAUUAUUACGAGAUCGCUAUCGAUUCCAUCAUUUCAAAGGAGGCCAUUGUUCUUGUAUGGACUAUUGGUAACACAUGCUAAAAGUGAUUGUGCAUUCUUCAUAGUUAAUACAGGCAGGGUGUUUAAAACCAUAUCACUUGAGCCUAGUUAAAAGUAGCCGAGCAAAACACUCACACUUUAUGCGGAGUUCUAUGUGGGCUUGCAAUCAAUUUCAGAUGACCAGGAAACCACUUCCCCAAGAACCAGUGCUUUCUGGGUCGAUGAACUCAAGGAAGCUGAUCAGGUUGUUAGAUAGGGAAAUUUCAAAUCUGUGGGCAACCAUUGAAUUUCUUAUGUAAAAACAAGCCAGGUAUGACCUCUUUGUUGCUUGUUGUUUACGGAUGCAUAUCACCUUGCUGUCAAAUAUUUUAACGAAUUCAAGGACCCGAAAUGUUCAUUGGGACAUAUAAAAUCCUGGAACAAGUUACAUCAUUAUCUUCAUUAAAGUGUUAUGGUGGGUAAUCCUUACACCAGCAUUUGAUUAUGUGCUGAACAAUUCAAGGUAAGUAUUGUGUUAGCUGUCAUACAUUGAAAACCCAUUGUCCUAUUUUCUUGAAUCUGCUCAGUCCGGAUUUUGAAGCUGGGGACCAUAAUCCAUAUACCACACUAUAUGGUGAAGUAGUUGAGAUGGGUUAACUACUUGACUAAUACCAGCAGUUGCAUUUGCAUCAAGAACACCACAUAUCUUAGGCUAGAAAAAACAUUUCAAGAACUUACAGAGAGAGAACCACUUCAAGUUUUUACUAUGGAAUUUACCUGUAAGGAUUUAACUUGAGUUCUGCAAAUAUUUUUGUGAGUUGACAGAAUCAGGAUAUCAAUCAAAUAUUCCACUUUCAACUUUGAUUUUAAGGAAUUACAUACUUAUGUAUAACCCCGGACCUUAGUGAUUUGGUCAAAUAUUUGAUAUUUUACCCUCUAGAUCAUAUAAGUCAUGGCUGGUUGAUAAUUGACCCUUGCAUGGUCAAAAUCCUUUUUCAUUGACCACAUUAGCGCAAUUUUUUUUAUAAUGGUUGGCUGUGGAAACUAGUCUACAAGAUAGGUGCAAAAUCUCACAUUAGAUUUUAAUGAUUGUAUUGCUUGUGUUUACUUUCUUCAAUUCAACUCUUUCUAGUUAUUUGAAAUCGCAUUAAAUUUUAAAUUAUUUCGAGUCAUUGCCUUGUUGUUUUAAAAGCUUGACAUGUCAGUUGAAAUUUUCAUACUUGGCAGGAAAAGUGUAUGGGUGUGAAUGGUCUAGGCAUUUGUGUUUGCAAUAUAAUUGUGGCCUACGUGGCCUUGCAUAAUGAUGUGAAGCCUGAUUCCGGGCAAGCACUGUUUUCUUUAUCUUCUACGAAGACCCAUUGUUUGGUUUUAUGAUUGGUAAAAGCCCCAUUAUUUUAUAGUAGAUCUGCCUGGGCAUAGAAGAUGUAGGACUGCAAGCGUCCUUAGCUCAAACGAGUGCCGAGUACUGGGAACCUGGACUGCAAAAUUACAAGGUCGUAGAGGCCACUGUUUGGAGUCAAUACUGAAUACUAAUGACUUGUAAUUCUCCUAAAAAGAAGUAGACAAGCUGCCGGACUUAUGACCCACCAUGAAAGUGAGGAAAGAUGAUUCAUAAAUGCUUUGGCAAAUCUGUGGUCAGGGCUUCUGAAAAAGUACUGCAUCAUUUAGGUCUUUGUUAAGAUGUCUAGGUGCACGAGGUGCUAUUUAAGGCACAACAACAAUAGCUGUUGUUCUCACCCUGCUUUGGAACUGUUUAUUCAUUUCAAGUUAAUGUGAAUGGUUAGAACUGAGAACUGUUGUUUCAAUACUAUCGUUCAUGAAAUGUGAUCAAGGCCAACCAUUUUUAGAGAUGUC